AUGGGAAAGACAAUCACUCUUUUGGGAUGUGUAUUGGGGCUAUAUGUAUCUUUCCUUUCGUGGUCAGUUUUGCAGGAAAGAAUAAACACCAAGCCAUAUGGAGUCAAUGCGAUAACUGGUGAAGAAGAUUAUUUCAAGGCGCCAUUGGUAGUCAACAUAAUUCAGGCAUCUCUCGCCUCACUUGUUGGAUUUUUAUACUCAAUUGUAUGUCACCAAGGUCUUCCAUAUACUGUAUUUACGAAGAAUGAAAAGGGGGAUUCAUUAAAAAUAUUUAAAUGGCUCUUUUUGAUUUCGCUUACAUCGAGUUUAUCAGGGCCAAUUAGUUAUCUUUCUUUAAAGCAUGUGGAUUACUUAGCUUACUUGUUAGCUAAAUCGUGCAAAUUGAUACCAGUAAUGUUUGUUCAUUUUGUAUUUUACGGGACAAGGUUUGCAAAGUACAAGUAUAUUGUUGCAGGGUCAGUGACUUUAGGAGUUUUAGUUUUCACCUUAUCUCAGCCUAGAAAAAGUUCAGAGACAGUAUUCAACGAUGGUAACAGCUUGUUAGGUAUUUUUCAAUUGCUACUCUCUAUGUUCUUGGAUGGUCUAACAAAUGCAACGCAGGAUCAACUAUUUAAAGUUCAGAAUUCGAAAGACUUUAAGGGAAAAAAGGUAACAGGUUCCACUCUAAUGUGCCUAUUGAACUUGUUCAUGGUAAUAAUGACGUUACUUUAUACUUUGAUAUUCAAAUAUGAAUCUGAAAUAAUUUAUUCAGUUGAAUUUGUAAAACGAUAUCCGGCGGUUCUCAUUCACAUUAUAGAGUUUACAAUCUUGGGAGCUAUGGGUCAAAUAUUUGUCUUUAUCAUACUAGAGAAAUUCGAUUCCUUAGUCUUAGUGAUAACUACGGUGACUAGAAAGAUGAUUAGCAUGAUAUUGAGUGUUUUUUUAUUUGGCCACGAUUUGAACUUGAUACAGCAAUUUGGUGUCGCUUUAGUGUUCGGUGGAAUAGCUUACGAAUCUUUAGCUAAGGCCGAAGGAAAGCCAAAGAAAAGUACUAAGCUAAAGAGCCAAUAG